CCGCUUGUGUUUUGGGUCUCUGCUGGGUCGUUGUUUCAUUUGUAGACGAGACUCGCAGCCAAACGGUCGCGUACGCGUUUAUUCCAAGAAUUUGUGGACAACAAAUCCAGUUGGCACUCGGUUGUUCGUUAGCUGAAUUGCUGGUUUGUCACGGUUGCCACCGCCGCCAGCUCGUCCCGUUGCCGGCGACAUAUAUAUAUAUAUAAAAUGCCUGCCUUCCACAUAGUCGUUAAGCUGCUAAUGCUGCGCCUGCUGCUGGCCAGUCUGUCGGGUCUGUCGGGUCGGUCGGGUCUGUCGGGUCUUUCGUGUGCGGCCUAUGACUUUGGCUAUCAUCCCAGCGCCGAGGAGUUUGACAGUCUGCUGCGGGAGACGCGCACCUGGACGCGCGAUCUGCUGGCCAAUGAGCGGCGCCGCGAGAGCUAUGUGCCCCGCUACACCUAUCCGGAGCAGGCACCACCCAACGCCGAAUUGGACUUUCAGCUGUUCAGCGAUGAUCAGGAACAGCAGGCACAGCAGCCGUAUGUCUAUGAGUCGGUCGCACCACUCGAGCCACAGCCGGAGCAGCAUGUCCAGAGCGAACUGAUAGAGAUUAACGAUGUUCCAGCAGCGGGAGCAGCAAUAUCUGGUAACAACAACAACAACAACAACAACAACAGCAGCAGCAACGGCGGCGGCAAUUUUCCCAUCUUCUUCACCAAUCCCGCCACGGGCAUUGUGUAUGCCAUUAGCGAAGUGGGUCGGAACACCAAGUCGCAGCCGUGGCCCGGCAAUGGCAGCGACACAGAUGCCAUUGACAUCUAUGUGACCAAGGCGCAGUAUGAUGCCGAUUUGCUGGCGCUGCGUCAGCGCUACGAGAAACAGUGCUCCGCCCCGUCCCUGUCCCUGUCCCCGUCCCAGUCUCAGUCGUCGUCGCAGUCAGUGAUGUCGACGCCCAGCUUUAAGCCGCCUGCUCGGGGCACAGCGCGUCCACAGAUCAUACGCCUGCAGAAGCCACCCAAAAAGCCGACAGUUCCUAGCUCUCCAAGCACAGCCGCCGGCAAUAACAAGCUUCCACACAGGCCGCCUCCCAUAAUGGUGGCCAGCGGCACAACGGGCACCAUUAGCGAUCAGCUGCUCAAGCUGCCCACAACCACGACCAAGCCUCGGACUGGUCAACGGCCCCGGCCCACACCCGGCAAUACCCAAAAGCCCAAGCGCAAUAAGCGGAAGAAGAAGAAGAAAACGCAAAAACGUCGACCGGGACACAAGUUGACGACAACAACGACAGGGCCACAGAUUGUGCUGGGCAAGCGCACGACGAGCAGGCCAGGAUCAAUAGCCGCCGCUCCGGCCACACAGCUGGAGAAGCCGCACAUGCCACUGCCCACAGCUGCACUGGCAGCCGCCAGCGGCAACAGCGGCAACAGCGGCACCAUCUUCAGCGACCAGCCCAUCGCCAUCUCCAGCGGCUACAUUGAGCUACCCCAUCGCUUGAGACGCCGCUCAGUGGAUGCCCUGCCAAGCACAUUGGCGGGCGCUCGACCCAUCAGCAGUGGCCGGCCCCGGCCCCGGCCCAGCGGCAGCGGCAACGGUCGGCGUCGACCAAGCACCAGCGGUAACAGCCGGAAGCGACCCGAUACGCCCUCGUUGCCAGCCAAUCCCGCGACUGGAGGCAGCGGCUACCGUGUGCCACACGCCGUCCACCUGCUGCAUGCCCGGCACAAUGGCAGCGAGGAGCGCGACGGGCGGGAGGGCAGAAGGCACAGCGCUGAGGGGAUUCUUGAUAUAUUUGAGCUGUUGACUGGCGAUGACUACGAGGACACGGAUGACUCCUACUACGAGCAGGAUGCCAACGAGCAUACAGCAAUCAAUAAGCACAGCAGCAGCAGCAGCGAGAGGCCGACGCAGGAACAGAACAGCAGCUCGGCGGAGGAAGGCGCCGACUUCGGUGCAAUGGAGGAGGAGCUGCCAAGCAUUAUAAAAAGCAGCACCACCAGCAGCACCACCAGCAGCACUACCAGCACCACCACCACCACCAGCACCACAGCUCCAGCUACAGAGCUGGCCCUCGAGGAGGAGCAGCUGCAGUCGGGGGCAGGCGAGGAGAAGCUGUCGAGCAGUAAAAAUAGCAUGAGCAAAAAGCGCAUCAGACGCCGCCCGCCCGGCCCCAGUUCCGAUGAGUACUACGAUGACGAUGUCGAUGAUGAGGAUGUGGAAAACGAUUUGGAUGCGGACUCGGAUUCGAUAACGGAUUCAGGCAUUGGCAGCUUCUUUCGCAUGAUAUUCUAUCCGGUGCAGGUGGCAAUGUCGCGCAUCUUUGACGGCUUCACGGGCCAAGCGGACGAGGACGAGAAUGUUGUGGCCACAUCAAAGCCCAAGUAUCCCAGCUAUACGCUCUAUCACAGUGCCCACAGCCACAACUCGCUGUCCGACGACAGCGACGCGGAUGAGGGCGAGGAUGGGGAUGAGGAGGACGAUGACGGCGGCUCGCUGGGCAGCUGGUUUGGCUCUUGGUUUGGCCUGCGACGCCGCACCAAAAAGAUUGGCAGCACCACAGCCAUGCCCGCGGCGCCGCUGCCUCUGCCUACGCCCGCCCCAACGCCCGCAGAGCCAGCCGGCUGGCUGGAGUCCUGGUUCGGAUUUGGCAAGACAACAACGGAGGCGUCCAGCGAGGAGACUGACUAUGACAAGUGGUUCGCCGGCUGGUUCGAUGGCACGUCCAAGCGUCGCCGCAAAACAACAACGACGACGACGACCACAACGACAACGACAAUGCCGACGCCCCAGGUGCCCAUCUUGACCAUUGUGGAUCCGUUGCGCAAUCCGCAAAACUGGAUUGGCAUAUUGGCGCAUCACAUAGUGAAUGCGACCGCUGGUGGCGCUGGUGUCGCUGGUGUCUCUAGCACCACCAAAAAUCCGCUGCUGGAGGCGCUGGUCACACGUGUGAGCAGCACGACGAGCGGCAAGCCGGAGCUGCCGCGACGCAUCAGCUAUGACAAGUAUCAGAUCUGGCGACUCAAGCCGCAGGAUGAGCCGCAGGUGCGCGCUCUCGAGGAGUUCAAGAAGAGCGAGGACGGCAACAAGCUGCAGUGGCUAAAGGGGCCCAGUCUAAGGGGCCUCACCGACGUGCUGGUGCCGCCAAAGAUGCUGGUCGACUUUCAGGGCACGCUCAACUUCGAGGGCAUUGCGCACGAUGUGCUCAUCUUCGAUGUGGGCAAGGCCAUCGCCUAUGAGCGCAACAAGGAUGACUAUCUGUACACAACGCCCGCGGCAACUAGGCGACCCACCAAACAGCCGCCGACGCCGCCGCCCCUCACCUGGAACAAGUACUACGAAUACGAUGACAUACUCCGGUAUCUGGAAGCGAUGCGCAUGCGGCACACACAGCUCGUCGAGCUGAUACACAUCGGACGUUCCUUCGAGGGUCGACCGCUGAUCGUCGUCAAGAUCGAGUCCAAGCAGAUGGCUGCUGCGGCCAGCGCCGCUGCCGCCGCCAGCCACAAGCGUCUCAAGCACAAGCGUCGCUCCGGGCGGGCCAAUGCCGUCUUCAUAGAGGCCGGCGCCCAGGGUCUGGCCUGGAUUGGACCCGCUGCGGCCACGUGGAUGAUCAGCGAACUGCUGCGGCUUAUGCGCACAAACAAGACCGAUGAGGAGCAUGAGUUUGUACGGAACACCACCUGGUACAUAAUGCCAGUGCUCAAUCCGGAUGGGUACGUGUAUAGUCAUGAUUACGAUCGCUUCUGGAAGAAGUCACGUUCCCAGCAUGUGGCUAAGCAACCAGCUGGACUGCUCGAUUCGGCGAUGACCUGGCUUCAGCAGAAGCGUCAUGGUGAUAAGAUCUGUUAUGGUGUGGACCUGGAUCGCAACUGGCUGUAUCAGUGGGGCAAACGGGGUAGCUCCAAGGCGCCCUGCAAUGAAUUUUAUGCCGGUCCGUCGCCCUUUUCGGAGCCUGAAACAAAAGCUGUGUCCGACUUUCUGAUGGACUAUCGCACACAGAUCAAGCUAUAUAUAUCACUGCAGGCCUAUGGGCAGGUGCUGUCGUAUCCGGUGAAGGCCAAUUCCACCUUCAAUUCGGAGCGCAUGGAUGACUUUCUGGACGUGGCCAUGGUGGGUACCGAUGUGCUGCGCAAAAAGGGCAGCAAGGCGCGCUACAAGGUUGACUCGGCCAAUGAUUUGAUUGAGCAGCGUUCGGGCUGUGCUGAUGCCUUUGCCGCCUACGAGAUUGGCAUACCGUUCAGCUUCACGCUCCAGCUGGCAGAUAACGGUGUACAUGGCUAUCUAUUGCCCAGCGGCGCCAUUGAGACAACAGCGCGGGACGCCUUUGAGAUAGUUAGCGGCAUGCUGGACUACAUCUGAGGCAGUUGGUAGGAGCCAGGCCGUGUGAAUGCGAGUGUUGACGUUUAAGCGCGCAGCAUAACUCAAACGUUAGUUCCUUUUUUUUCAGCUGCGAUCAGAUUCGCAUUUCUGCUCUUACAAUUAAGGACGAAACCAACGCUAUAUAACUCAAUAUGAUAUAUAUUUAAUACUUGGUAGUCU